AUGGCAUCCUACAGCAAAUCCCAAGAGCUAAUUGAGAGCACCAAAGUGGACAGCCAACCCCAGGACUCAAAUGCAGAAGCUGAGGAGAGCAAAUCCAAAGACCAAAAUGAUCAGGGUGAAGAUGACAGCAAAUCUCUUGCUGAGGAGGUUGAGGAGAACAAAUCUGAAGAUCUAAAGGAACCAAAUGAGGAUGAGACCAAGCCAUCCCUGGAGACAUCAGAACUGCAGGAAGAUACAGAGGCCUCCAUGUCACAUCCCUCUAGUUCAUGGGAUAAAGCUACAUCAGACUUUAAGGAUGAUCUAUCUAGCUUUCUUACUUCUGAGCAAAGCACAACUCCAAUUUUUUCCUCACUCACUUCAGACAAUACAACUAUUGAAGAUCUAAAGACGGAAACGUGGAUGGAAUCCCAGUUGGUGACCCCAGAGCUGCAGUGUGAGCUUGAGGAAGAGAUUCCCUUCUCCUUGUGGAAGAACAAGCCUGCAGAAUGGAAGGAUGAAGAACUCAGCUUUUCUGUCCCGGCACGCAAGCCUUCCUUCCAUAACUGCUGUUGCUGCAGUACAACUGAACGGUUGAUCAAGCACAGCCCAUUGCAUGUUCCCAAAGCACCAUUUCACAAAAACGUUGUUUGGACACGUCAAGGACCACGAUUCAGAGGACAUGGGACCUCCUCUCCACAGAAGGUGCUGAAGCAAAAUCUUUCCAAGGAUGUGAAGAGGAAGAAAGACCACAAGGCGUUCCCCAAGGCUCAGAUGCAUAGGACCUCCUCACUCAAAAGAAGCAACAGGCGAAGUAAGGCUCUGUACAAUCUCUACACAACAUUCUGUGAUGAAGGAGAACACUUUAGCCCAUGUCUUCUUCAUGGAGCAAAAGGACUCUCCAGGGCUUGUACCAUUUUUAGUGCCAUCAGAAGGGGAAGAAUUAACAUCAACUAUCUCCUCAUUACCUUACACACGUUGGGGAUCCUACUGACCAGAGCUCAGAUGUUCCAGGCUCUCAAGUUUAUCCCUGUUGAUGCCCAUGGCAAUCUGGACUUUUAUGACUUCUUGGAUGUUGCACGUGAUACCUUGCUCUACAUUGAUACAGAGGCUUUCCAAAACGUUCAGUGGGUUUUCAGAACCAUUAAAAAAGAUAUGAUAGCCAUUGAAGAACUGGAGCCAAUUUUAGCAUGCUUAGGGAUCAGCCUCAGUCCCACUAUUAUACAACGGACACUAGAAUGCACUCGCAUUACCAGUAAUGGGAGAUUAAACAUCUCAGAAUUUCUGUCAGCUGUGAGAGGAUUAUUAAGUUGCCAUAUGAGUGAGUAUGGUAUUUUGGAGAAUGGAUCUUCUCAAGACUUUGCUACAAUAGAUGACUUUGAAAUUGAAUGGAGAAGAAACAUUUUGCUUAAUAAGGCAAUAACACUAGGUUAUGCUCACUUGAUUGGAUUACAUGAGCCAUAUGAAGAGAUCACUGUUGACAAACUACAGAAGAAAGCAAAUAAAUCUCAGAAACCUGUUGGGCUAAGAAAAUCCAAGAAAGCAUCAUCUGCAUGUUCCAUGGAAGAAAAGGACAAAAAAGAUCAAGGCAUAGACUGGCCAAAGAUCAGACCAAAGUUUGGCUACACAAGUCAGGACACUCUGUUUCCACUAAGUUCCUCUCUCCCCCUUAGAGGAGAUAAAUUGAUUGCUGGGCUGCCAAAGUCAAGAUGGCCAUCGAGAAAGGCCCCAAUACUACCUGAUCUUUAUUUAGUCACCCAGGCAAGCCUCAGCACUGAAAACACGCAACAGAAAAAGAAGAAGAAGAAGAGGCUUUCCUUCCAAGACAACCCCCCAACUAAGCAUGAUCCUGAUGAAGACAACCAGGAAACUGAUUAUAAGACAGCUGAAAGUGAAGAUAAGGAACUUUCAGAAGAACUAUCAUUCCAGCAAGCCUUACAGAAUAUCUUUGAUGUCAUCCAAAUGCUUGCGGAAGAUAGCAUCAAAAGUCACGAUCUGUGCUCCACCCUGAACAAAAUGGGAGUCAGUAUGAGUGACACGGUAUUCCAGGAAAUGCUACUCAAGGCAGAUGUGGCAAAAGACGGGACAGUGAACUUCAACAGCUUCAUAUCUGCAAUGGGGAGAACACAUCUCUUCAAUGAAUUUGCAAGUUUGAAAUACAUCAUUCAAGCCCUCGACAGGAUUGAAGGAGACAAGAUGGUCCUGCAUGAUCUCCCUUCCUUUAUUAGAAAUAUGGGUAUGCAUCUAAAUGAAAAUGAUUUCCAGGAAGCCCUAGAACAGGUCUUUGUUGAUGGUAAUGGAAAGAUAAUUGUGAAAGACUUCAUUGAAAUUCUUACCCACAGUCCCCAGUUUAAAGAAUUGUCAGUGCUGAAAGAUAUCAUUCAAGCAAUCAGCAAUAUUGAGGAGAACAAAGUUUCUCUGAAGGACCUCAGAAUCACCCUCCGGAAGAUGGGCAUUCAUUUAUACCCACAUGAGUAUGAGGACCUAAUUCAGAAGAUUCCAGCUGACAGAGAAGGAAAAGUUGAUAUUGGGCAAGUCAUAGAGAAGAUUUCCAAAAUGCAAUGCUUUUCAGAAAUUAAAGUUCUGAACGAUACCAUUAAGAUUAUUAACCAGUUCAAGGAUAAGACGUUGAAUGUUUCUGAAGUGGAGAGCUGCCUCAGUAAUAUUGGAGUUCAUUUAACCAAGUCAGAAUUAAUGCAGGCCACUGAAACCUUGUCAGCUUCUGCUGAUGAGAUUGUGGAUGUCAAGGAAUUGGUAUCAGCUGUGAAGGAAACUAGACGGUUACAAAAUUACGCUGCUGUGCUUGACAGCAUCCUAGCUCUCAAGUUUAUCAAGGAACACCAAGCAGGACAAUUGAAACCUGCAACAGAAAGCCUCCAAACUGUAGACCUGCCAUUGGCUAACCAGGUGAUUGGCCAAGUACUAAAGUCAGCAAAUGUAACAGAAGCUGGACAGGCAAAAUUCAAUGACUUCUUGAGGAUGUUGACAAAGAACCAGCAAUUUAAAACUUCUGCAGCUUUGGAGGAUGGUUUUGAUAUCCUGACCAAAAUGAAAAAUGGAAGGAUGGGAUUCAAAGAGUUGCAGGUGCUUAUGCAAAGCUUCAGCAUCAACUUGCCAACAGAGGAGGUGUCAGAGGCAUUGGCCUUUUGCAAUAUUGAUGAUGACAAUACAGUAGAUCUAAAAGAAUUCAUCAGGGGUGUGAUCUAUACUAACACUUUUGUUAUUAGGCCAGAACUGCAGCUAAUCUGCUUGGUCCUGAGCAAGCUCAAAGAGGACCCCUUUGAUCUCCAGGCUCUGCAAUCCAGCCUGAACACUAUGGAACUCUCCAGGGCCAGUGAAUUACUGAAGGAAGUGAUGAAUAUAGCCAAAGUUGACAGUAAUGGCAAGGUUAAUUUAGAAGAAUUCAUAAGGGUUUUAACUGUAAUACCAGAGAUUCCAGAAGCAUCUGUGCUGAAGGAUACUUUUGAUGCAAUGAGUAAUAUCAGAGACCAUAAUGUUAAUGUCAAUGACCUGGCAAAAACCUUGACCGGCAUGGGUAUCAACUUGACACCAGAGGAAAUCCAGUCACUAUGCGACUCAGUAACAGUCACUGGAGAUGGGGAAGUAAAUUUUAAUGACAUUAUGAAGGAAAUAAUUGGUACAGAGUCCUUUGAAGAAUUUCAUGCUUUACAGAAUGCUUUCAAUACUAUCCACAAGAUUGUCAAAGAGGAUAUUAAAAAGGAAGACCUGCUAGAUGCCCUAGAAAACUUGGGCAGCCACUUGUCACCAGAUGAACUGCAGGCAGUUCUGGCAUCUGCUUCCAUUGAUGAAUCAGGGAAGCUACAUGGGAUGGAAUUCCUCAAGAUUUUGUCCAGUGCCCCCAACUUUUCUGACUUCAGAGCAUUACAAGAUGCCACAAAGGUUGUUGAAAACAUCAAAGAAGAGAAGAUGAGUGUCAAACAGUUGGAGGAUACUCUAGAGAAUAUGGAGGUACACUUGCCUAGUUCAGCUUUCAAUCAGAUAGUUCAAGCCAUCCAAACUGAUGAAAAUGGCAAAAUAGAUUUCAAAGAGUUUUUGUUAGCAUUGGGUGAAACAAAGGAUUUCACUGAAAUGGAAGCUUUACAGCAGGCCAUUACCAUUGCUGACACAGUGCAUGGUGACUGGCUACAUGUAAAUGAACUGCAGGACACCUUGAAUAAGUUGGGUCUCCAUUUGACAGAGGAAAAUAUCCAAGAAAUUUUGCAUGACAUUCAUGUGGAUGCUGAUGGGACUAUAAAUCUACAAGACUUUCUGAUGACUCUUCCCAAGUUGCAGUACUUCAGGGACUCUUUAGCAAUUCACUCUGCUGUUGAGGCCUUCAGCAAGAUAAAGGAUGGGACCAUUGACCCUGGAGAACUGGAGUCCGUUGUAGACUCUCUGGGAAUUCAGUUGGACACCACAGAGUUCCAAAAUGCCUUAAAAAGUGCUGCUAUACAUGAAACUGGAAAGGUCAGUUUCAAGGACUUCUUAAUCAAUGUGACAGCCAGUGAACGCUUCUCCGAAAGCUCACUUUAUGACAUCUAUGGCAUUCUCUGCAGAAUGGAUACAGAUAAAGUUGAGGUUUCUCAGCUGAAAGAUGUGCUGGCUACGAUUGGCAUCACAUUAACCAAGGAGCAAAUGAAGGAGGCACUGAAGAACAUGACAGUAGAUAGUGAUGGGAAGGUGAAUUUGAAAGAAUUUAUGAAGAUGUUAUCUUGCACACAGCGAUACACUACACUUGUAGACAUGGAAGAAGCAGUGAAAACACUGAAGAGCAUCAAACAGGACAAAAUAACAUUUGAACAGCUGGAUUCCAUCAUGCGUGCUACGGGCCUUCAGUUAUCUCAAGAUGAAAUCCAGAAAGCACGGAAAUAUGUUACCACAAAUGCUGAUGGGACAUUUAGUGUGAAAGAUUUUAUGUUUGGAUUGACCAAGGCUCUGGGCUUUCCUGAAGCUGAAAGUGACAAAGGGGACAUAGUUGCUGUGGAAGAUGUAGAUUCUCUUUUGUCCAACAUUGGGAUCCACUUAACCAAAGAGCAGCUCCAAGAGGCAUUGAAGAAUGUGACUGUGGAUGGUGAGUGGGAAGAGAGCUACGCUAUAAGAUAA